GAAGUUUGCAAAACCACAGAGUGCCGUUAAGCUGCAUAUAAAAGAUGAGCAGUCUAACCAAGUCCCCUAAUUUGCCCACUGUUCACUAAUCAAUAUUCAACAUUAUCUUUGACCGCUCACUGAAUAAGAGUGAAUCAGACCUGAAUCACCACUGAUGGAGGGACUGUGGAGACUCCUUUUCCUGGGCUGGUUAUGUCAUCUCCAGUCUCCUGGCAUCUUAGGAGCCGUGGUCAUUGGAAACCCAGAAGAGUGUGAAAAGGCUCCCUUUGUCCCUGGCUACAACCUAGGAGGAGAAGGCUUUGACAUUGUGAAGAUGGAGCGCAAAGGUGCAUAUGUGAUCGAUGCUGAGCAGUGGAGAAAUGGAGAUGGAACCUGUCAACUUACACGAAACCCUUACUUGGGUGGGAUUCAACAGAAGAUUCCAUUAGCUGUGGUGGACUGGAGAGCCCUCUUCAAAUGUGACAUGAAGGUCUCCAGCACUGUGUACAAAUCCAGUGAAGCUGUUGUCAAUGACAGCACAUCCAGUGUGACAAACAAGUGGAAAAUUGGCCUAAAGCUUGUAUCUGGUAUAAUACUUGGUGGUACCCAAUCACGGUCGGCGAUUUAUUCCAUGAAGAAAUCAAAGGAAGACAAAUACAGCUUCACCAAACAUCAGGUUCACUGCAACUUUUACAGGUACAGAGUGGCUUCCAAACCCCCUCUUCACAAAGAGUUUCUGGAGUCCAUCGAGAACUUACCUAAAGAGUACAACUCUAACACUAAAGCUCAGUACCAAUAUCUGAUUGACACAUAUGGAACCCAUUUUAUUACAGAAGUGCAGACUGGUGGAAAAUUAGAGAGCAUCACUGCAAUUAGGACCUGCCUGGCUACACUGAGUGGACUAACAGACACAGCUGUUAAAGACUGCCUGGAUGUGGAGGCUUCAGCAGUAUUUCAGCAGGAUUCAACGUUAAUCAUAAAUUUCCACCACUGCAAUGAACUUAAGAAGAAAAUAGGCCACAACCAGACCUUUAGCAGCUUGUUCAGUGAUCGCCACUCUGAGGUGGUGGGUGGGCAUGUUUCUACAGCAGAUUUGCUUUUCUCAGGUGGUUCAGAUCCAAGUGCAUACAAGAGUUGGCUGGAUUCCUUGAAAAACAUUCCAGAUAUAGUAUUUUACUCCCUCAGACCCCUACAUUUCUUACUGCCUAGUGGACAUGCAGCAAUUGGGGGAGUUAAGAAAGCAGUAGAAGAGUACAUCAUACAGAAUGCACUGCUGAACAACUGCUCUGAAUACUGUCAGAUAGGAACAAGAUCGUCCGUGAGGGAUCACUGUGCCUGUGUCUGCAUUAGCAAUCAGAAUAUAGCUUCAAACUGCUGUCCUAUUACCAGUGGAAUGGCAACACUGGAAGUGUAUAAUUUGAAAGCAAAGAAGUUGCAUGGUGACUUAUUUUCCAAAACCGAUGGCGCUGUUCAGGUGUCAUAUGGUACGCAGAUUAAGCAGACAGAGAUUAUUUCAAAUAAUGACAAUCCUGUCUGGCAAGAAAAGUUUGAGUUUGGUGCUGUCAAUAUUAAUAUGGUCACAAAGCUAACAUUUGAAGUAUAUGACGAUGAUUCAUUUUGGAACCGUAAUCUUCUUGGGAAGUGCUCUUUUGACAUUAGAAGAGGAACGGUUUCAGAUUCCUGCAUGUUUGAGUAUGGUACCUUCUUCUUCACCUACACAGUAACGUGUGCACCCAGCUUGGGUGGUCCAACCUGUAGAGAUUACAUACCAUCAACUAUGAACACUACCCAAGCAAAGAUCUUCGAAUCUCGAAAUGGCAUUCUGUUAGGAAAGGAGAAACGGCUGCGUACAAAUUUAUGAACUGCUCCUUUAAUAAUUAAAGGUGUCAUUUGCUUUGCUGGUGUUGCCAUUUGCAUUGCAAUAUAAAUCGCUAUAGGACAGAUUCCCAAACUUUUCAGCCCAAUCUCCAAAAUAACACUGCCAGAGAUGUGUGACACCCACUAGGUGGUGGGUCUGAAUAACAAAACCAAAGCUACUGAUUUUCGUGCUGUGGGGGGGUCUUUGAGCUCUCUGGCACUAGCUGUAACCAACUCACAGCCACAAUUAGCAUAAUGUUUUCCAUGUUGAACAGCUAUUUGUUAAUUUAGGUUUUGCCGAUAUCUAAAAAUGUAUUCAUUCAUUGUACUUCCUGAGCCAAAAAUAAUGUAGCCGAACGGCAUACGAGGAAUACAGUGUAAUGUCACAGCCCUUGUUUUUAAAUGCAGACCUGAAAAGCUUCAGCAGAAAUUAUUUAAAAAUUUGCGAUGCCAGUCCAACAGGACAAUGUGGAAUUUUGUGAACCAGUGGGCUAGAUGACGUCACGUAAAAGUUAUCUUUUCAGUAAACAUUGAACACACAUCUAUAGAUCAGUAUGUGAUGAAGUUUUAAUUAUCUGUUGAAAUAGAUUAAUUCUAAUUUCUUAUAUGCCAAAUAAGUUAAAAGAAAAAUGCUUUAACAUAUAUUGAAUUUAAUCCACAGCAUUUAAGCUUAUGCAAUAUGUAAUUUGCUUUGCACUUUGAAUGAUGCUUGUUAUGACCAUGGUUAUUAUCUGAAUAAAGUUUU